AGCGCCGGGCCGCUUGGGACCGGAGCUGCGUUGAGAGCCGCCCCCCGCCAACGCCAUGUCCUCCUCCACCCGGGCCGGCAAGGGCAGGAAGCACAGCGUCGUCGUCAGCGUGUGAGUGCCCCGCCGCAGUGGGCUCAAGAGGACAGGUGGCGGGCUGGGGGCCUGCCCUCUCCACAAGCCCUGGCUGCUCAGGCAGCGCUCCGGCUAGUGGCUGUCUCUGCUAAUCCUGCCAGGCUAGGCUCCAUCCCAGUGCUUUCCAUCUGCACUGGGCAUGUGGGGUUUUGUUGGUUACUCUUGGUUACCCAUCGCCUUAGUUUGCAAGAUCUCUCUCCUGUCUGAUCGACGUGGCACGUUUCAAGUGCACCCAUCCCUGGAGUACCUAGCUACCCGACAUCAAAGCUGGAGUUAAAUAUGAAGAGGACCUCUAUUUCAGGAACUAGCAGCCAAAGACAAAUGAGCUAUGUUAGUGGUUUCAGCCCAAGCAGAGUUGGAUCAUUGAGUCGAAGAAGCAUACUGAUAGCUUCUGAUGGCAAAACUAUGGAUAAGGGGUCUCUCAUAGGGAGUAAGCAUACCAUUCAGGUUUUUGAUGAGCAAGGGAAGGAUGUAACACCCCAUCCACUCUAUCGUCCAGAACCAAGUGCUUCGCUACACAAACAAAGCAAAAUCUUAUCAACUCAGGAUUUCUCUGGGGCCACUGGAUCUGAUUUUCUGUCUUCCUUAUCCAUGCGUCAGACAUCUGGAGUUAAUGCUAGUUUAGUAGGUCCAUUCUCAAGGACAUAUGGAAGCAGCAGUAUUUCUAAAUCAACCACAUCUACAACUGAGUCUAUGGCAGAUGAAAUAGUAGAGCCUGGUUCCAGACGAGACACAUCUAUUAGCUUAUCUGAUGUACAGGUGAGGCGAGAUGAGAUAAAAGAACAACUGACAAAAGAAGACAUUGAUAAGAGAGUGGAUAUUUACCUCAUGGAGACAGAAACUAUCUGGCUAUUGGACAUGCCAACUGUCAUGGUGUCCAUAGAAUCUGAAGAUGCUGAAAAAGUGCAGGAACAGAACAAAGAUUAUAUUGAGCUUUGUAAAAAUAGAGUUGGUAAUGAUCGCUUUGUGGAAAGGAUGAUGCAAACUCUUAACGGAGCACCAAAGAAUAAAGAAGUACAAUGUGACAAAAUCCUCAUGGAGGAUAAAGAGAUAAUGGCCACUUCUUGGGACUUGUAUGAUUCCUUUAAUGCCUUGGAAACAACACUUACACCUUCAGUAACAGAAAGAAGUAGCAGACCAACAAGUUUGACUAGCAGUAAAUCUAACAUGACCAAAGACCGUGAACGAACCAUGUCUACGACUUCUACAGAUAGAGAGAGCAUAACCUCAAGUUCUAUAAUCGAUUUGGAAAGUGUUAUUCUUGCCAGAAUCCACAAAGAAGAGGAAGACCAUUCUGAAGCUAUAUUAAAAUCAGAAAAAUUUCAGCAGGAUUUAUUUUUUAUGGAAAGGGUUCUAAUGGAGAAUGUUUUUCAGCCCAAACUUGCAGCUUAUCGGCAACUUCCUGUUCUUAUAGAACCAGUUCUUACAUCUGAUGCUGGCAAAGAGGAAGCAGAAACAGAGGAAGCAGAAGAGGAGGAGGAGGAAGCGGGGGAGGAAGAGAAAAAGGAAACAGUAGUUAGUUCAUCAAUUUUGUUAGAUCUAAGUGAAGCACCAGAAGAAAUCUUACCGCCCAGUCUGGAACGACUGUGGUCCUAUACAUGUGAAUCGACUAAUGGCCACAAUGUGAGCAGCAUGGCUUGGAACAAGUUAAACCCAGAUCUUUUGGCUGUUGGGUAUGGGCAAUUUGGUUUUCAAGAACAGAAGAAAGGCUUGGCUUGCUGCUGGUCACUCAAGAACCCUAAGUGGCCAGAGCGUAUUUAUCAAUGUGAUCAUGGUGUUACUGCAUUGGAUUUCUCUCUGGCAAACCCAAACCUUUUAGCAGUUGGAAUGUACAGUGGCACAGUAGCCAUCUAUAAUGUACAGACCCGUAAUACCACAGCACUUUUGGACAGCAGUGAAUCUUUUGAUAAGCAUAUAGGUCCUGUAUGGCAGCUGAAGUGGAUUGAACAGGACAGGGGCACAAUGGGAGAUGACAAAGGAGAGAUAUUAAUCUCUAUCUCAGCAGAUGGCAGAAUAACCAAAUGGCUUAUACGCAAAGGAUUAGGCUGCACUGAUCUGAUGAAACUGAAGCGAACCGCAAGUGAAAGGAAAAAACUAACCGGUGAAAAAGAAAAGAAAAGCGAAGCUCUGAUAUCUCGACAGGCACCUGGAAUGUGCUUUGACUUUCAUCCAAGGAAUACUAAUAUAUAUCUGGCUGGAACAGAAGAAGGACAUAUUCACAAAUGUUCUUGUUCAUAUAAUGAGCAGUUCCUAGAGACCUACCGAGGACAUAAGGGUCCUGUGUACAAGAUAGCAUGGAAUCCAUUCAGUACUGACAUGUUUUUAAGCUGCUCUGCGGACUGGAGUAUUAUUUUAUGGCGCCAAGAUUCACUAAGGCCCAUUUUAACGUUCAGUUCCACCACUGAUGUUGUUCAUGACAUUAUGUGGUCUCCAAAAUCGGCCUUUGUAUUUGCAGCAGUGAAUGAAAGCAGAGUGGAAAUUUGGAACCUGAGUGUCAGCACUUUGGACCCCCUGAUUGUGACCUUUGCCAACCCAGGAGUGAAAUUCACAACUGUGCUUUUUGCUAGAAACACAGACUGCAUUCUUAUAGGGGACAGUAAUGGAAUCGUAGGUGUGUAUGAGCUGAGGAACAUGACUGCUUCAGAUAGUAAUAAGGUGGAUGCUUUACAUGACAUAAUUGGCUCUGCUCUAGCCAGUUAACACUAGUUUACUGAUAAUACUUCUCAGUCAGUAAACAAAGGAAAAGACAACAAAUAAUUGUGUCCUAUGUGUCUGUAUAUCCUGAAGCCUGUCAUUUAAUUAUGCAGAAAAAAAUCAAUCACCAUAAAAUGCAAUAUUGUAUUAAAUAAAGGGUAACAAUUUUUCCAUCA